AUGGAGGGGGUUAGGAGUGUGAUUACCGAGGAGAUUAAUCAAGAUUUGAUGGCUCCGGUGUUGGAAGAGGAAGUCAGAGCUGCUGUCUUCCAGUUGGGUGCCCUGGUCCGGAUGGAUUUCCAGGUUUAUUCUAUCAUAAGGAUUAUUUCGGUUAAUCAAAAUGUCUUUGUCCCGGGAAGACUCAUUCAGGAUAAUAUUUUGCUUGCCCAUGAGACUUAUCACUAUCUCAAGUUGAAGCAGGAGGGUGGAAAACAUGAGUUGGCACUCAAACUAAAUAUGAUAAAGGCCUAUAAUCGUGUUGAGCAGGACUUUUUCGAAGUGGCACUUAUCCGAUUUGGCUUCUCGAGGGAUUGGAUUCGCUUGAUUAUGGCAUGUGUCACUACUGUCUCUUUUGCUAUUGUACUCAAUGGGAAGCCAGGACGGACUUUUUACCCAUCCCGGGGUCUUCGGCAGGGUUAUCCCAUAUCCCCUUAUUUGUUUCUAUUGGUAAGUGAGGUUCUCUCACUCCGCUUGACUAAGUGUGUUAGGGAUGGUAGCUUGAUUGGGAUUCGGUUGAGUAGAGGGGGCCCUAUCAUGUCCCAUCUCUUCUUUGCGGAUGAUGCUCUAUUUUUUAUCUGGGCUACCCUUGGAAAUGCCUCGCGUCUUUCCCUAAUUUUCAAGGAUUACUAUACUGCUUCGGGUCAAGCUAUUAGUCAGGAUAAGUCCAGUAUUUUUUUCUCUCCUAAUUCCCCAGAGCAGAUGGUUUUUCUCCUGUGUGAAUUACUUGGUUUCGAUUGUGUUGAUGAUCCAGGAAAGGAGACUCUUAUUAAGUCGGUAGCUAUGGCUAUUCCAGCCUACACAAUGGCAUGCUUUAAAUUCCCUAAAAAUGUGUGUGAGAGUUUUGAUUCCCUCUUUGGGAACUUUUGGUGGGGGAUGACUCCUAGAGGGAACAAAAUUCAUUGGCGAAGUUGGGAUUUUCUAAGUCAACCUAAGGCUGAUGGGGGUUUGGGAUUUCGGAAUCUUCAGCACUUCAAUAUGGCACUCUUGGCAAAACAGGUGUGGAAACUUGUGGAGAACCCUACCUCUUUAUGGGCAGAGGUCUUAAAGUCUCGGUACUUCCCGGAUUGCAACUUUUUUAGUGCACUGAAAGGUUAUCGUGCUUCAUGGAGUUGGUCUAGUUUAUUAGAGGCCAGAGAUAUUAUUCUAGCAGGUUGUUGCUGGCAGGUAGUUAAUGGGUCCUCUGUCAGAGUAUGGCAGGAUAAAUGGUUACCUAAUCCUUCUCCUAGACUUCUGCCUUCUUCUACUGUGUCGCGACUAACUGCUCAUGUGUUGGUUAAUCAGCUAAUUGAUUGGGAGAGAAAGGUAUGGAAUUUGUCUGAUAUUUUGGGAUCUAUUGGUAGAGAGGUGGCUGAGCAAAUUCAAGAAAUGCCAAUUGGUGAGAUAGAUGGUCAGGAUCGACUCAUUUGGCCCCAUGAUAAGUCAAGGAAUUAUACUGUGCGAUCGGGUUAUAUUUGGAUUCAUCACCAUGAGGUAUCCACAUCUAAGCCUAUUACAGCAUCUAGUUCCUCAUACCAAAUUAAUAAGGUUAUCUGGCCACUGCUUUGGAAGAUUAAAACUAUCCCUAAGGUCUCCUUUGGGGCUUAG